CUUGAGUUUUGUAUUCAGUGUUAAAGUGCAACGUGACCGCUACGAAUUAAUUGACGGCUUCGUAGAUAUUCGUUUCUGAAAUUUUAGAUAAUUUGAUGAAAACUUGUGUCAUAGCAUAAAUUCGUUUCUUUAUUCAUUCCGAUUAAAUUCCAAUUUUUGAACAAAGUGUUUUAAUGCAAUUGCAUUUUGAAAAACAGUGUCCGACAAAUUUCAGGUGUUGAAAAAAGUGAAUAAAUACAAAAAUGGCCCUAAACGAAACAUCUCAACAAAAAUCAACUAAAAAGGUUGAGGAUAAAAUUUUUGUCGAACCUCUUAAGCCACUUGAUGGUGGCUGGGGAUGGCUUAUCGUCGUCGGAUCAUUUGUUAUUAAUUUCAUAUCUGACGGAAUCGUGUGCUCGUUCGGGGUAAUAUAUGUUCAGCUGUUGGAUGAAUUUAACGAAGGCAAAGGAUAUACGUCUUGGAUUCUGAGUUUAAUGUCUGGAAUGGCAUUAUGCGUAGGUCCAAUUUCAUCAACAUUUGUAAAUAAAUAUGGAUUUCGUGCGGUGACAAUUUCUGGUUCAAUAUUGGCCGCUGUCAGUCUCUUCGCCAGCUACUAUGCACAAAAUGUAUUCACACUGAUCAUAACAAUUGGUUUUAUGCUGGGGAGUGGUUUGGGUUUGGUUUAUUUGCCGGCAAUAGUUAGCGUUACAACUUACUUUGAAAAGUAUCGAUCGGUUGCAGUUGGAAUUGCAAUGGCAGGUAGUGGACUGGGUACGUUUGUGUUCGCACCUCUUGUCGAUUUCCUGAAUGAAGAGUAUGGUUGGCGUGGGACUCUCAUGGUAAUGUCUGGAAUUGUUCUGAACUGCGCAAUUUUUGGUGUGUUGUUUCGACCGCUGGCAUCGUUCAACGAAGAAAACUCCCUUUCCGAGCAUUCGGAUUCAUUUGAAAGUAAACGAAACUGUGAUGCAGAGUCGCAUCGAAGCAGUCAUCAUGAGCAUGGGCAUUUGAAAUCGGAGCAGAUACCAUUGCCGCAGUCAAAUAAUUCCUGCACGAAUAUGUCAAUCAAAGUCUACAAGAAUUUUGUGAAGAUGAUGAACCUUGGUCUUCUCAAAGAUCCCAUUUUCGUUCUAUUUACAGUGUCCGAUUUUGCCACCAGUCUUGUGUAUUAUGUCCCUUAUUUCAUCAUCAUAGAUCAAGCAACCGAGCUCGGUGUGCGAAAAGACCAAGCAACACAUUUAGUUUCGAUCAUUGGGAUUUUCAAUACUUUGGGCCGUAUAAUGUGGGGCUAUAUAUCGGAUAAACCGUUUGUGAAUAGGCUUUGGGUGUACAAUAUUUGUCUGACUAUUUGUGGUUUAGCAACCAUCGCAUCUGUUUUUUGCUUCGAUUUUAAAACGCUGGCCAUUUUUUCGGCUGUGUUUGGAUUCACGAUCGGUGCAUAUGUCGCCUUGCGCUCAGUUAUACUCGUCGAUCUAUUGGGCUUGGAGAAGUUAAACAAUGCAUUCGGUUUGCUGAUGUUAUUUGAAGGCUUAGCCACAUUCAUGGGUGCACCGUUGGUUGGGUUCCUUUACGAUAUUUCAAAUUCAUACACUCCUGGAUUUCUGCUGGCUGGUACCAUGAUUGCUCUAUCCGGAUUCAUUCUAUUCUUUCUGCCCUUGUUGCAGAAACAUACAUCUAAGCAUAAUCCGGAUUUGGAGAUGACUUAACUAAAAGGCGUGAUUGCAUCAUAACAUUUACACCAAUUAGAAUGAUUUUAUUUAAGUUGAAAAAAAUAAAUAAAUAUAUUCUUGGAAUAAAUAAAUGCUCCAAAUUUUUUAUCAUUCACCAAUAA